GGCUGUGAAGGUGCAGGCGGUCGGUCUGUCUGUCGGGCAGCGGCUGUGAAGGUGCAGGCGGUCGGUCUGUCGAGCAGCGGGCGGGGAGAUGGAGGAGGAGGCGCCCAAGAAGAAGCACCGGCGUAACCGGACCACGUUCACCACCUACCAACUCCAUGAGCUGGAGCGCGCCUUCGAGAAGUCGCAUUACCCCGACGUGUACAGCAGGGAGGAGCUGGCCAUGAAGGUCAACCUGCCCGAGGUGCGGGUACAGGUCUGGUUUCAGAACAGGAGGGCAAAGUGGAGGAGACAGGAGAAAAUCGAGGCCAGCACCAUGAAGCUGCAUGAUUCCCCCAUGCUGUCCUUCAGCAGACCACCAAUGCCCACCAGUGUUGGUCCCAUGAGUAACUCCCUGCCACUGGAUCCCUGGCUGACAUCCCCCAUCUCCAACGCAACCUCCAUGCACAGUAUUCCCGGAUUCAUGGGGGCUCCGCAAGGAUUGCAGACCCCGUACUGUGGGCACUCCUUCCUAAACUCCCCACUGCCAAUGGCCCAGACGAUGCAGUCCUUGGCUCCUCCAAACUACCAGUGCGCAACGACAUUUGUGGACAAAUAUCCUUUGGAAGAUACAGACCAGAGAAGUUCCAGUAUUGCAUCUCUACGGAUGAAAGCCAAGGAGCACAUUCAGUCCAUUGACAAGAGCUGGCAACCAAUUUGAUGGAACAAUGAAAAAGGGACAGACUGUUCCAUCCAUGUAGGGAUGUUGUUGUGAUCUGUGACCUCCAGCUUCGCAGUGACUAUGUAAAACUAUGGACCACUUGUCACAAUAGCAAUGCCCGUAUCUCGAAACCUAUUGGCAAAACCAGCCUCAUCUGAGAUACAAUAACACAACAAAAUGGUGACUGGUCUUAGUUACAAACCAAAGGAUGAAAUUUUAUCUUUUGAUGAAUUAAGGUGAUCCUUCCACGCUGAGGGUAAACGCCCCACAUUCCACAGCUUGUCACUAAUGUGAAGCUAUAGCAAUAUGUUGUCUUCCAUUCCCAUCCCAAUGUAGAUCUAACCAGAUGUGUAGAUAAGGUGCGAUUAUUUGUUUUACACAUUGUUGAGAAACCUAGGCAAAGGACCCAAGGUCCAUCGUGCAGGACACUGCCAGGGUCAUCACGAGUAGGAGAGGAGAUGAGAUGAGCCAAGACAUAGAGUAGAUGGAUGAUACCAAGAUUGAUUGAUUUCUAAAGGCUUGUAGAAUGAGAAGUCGCAUAAUACGAUUGUAGCACAGAUGAAGAGCUGUAGGAGAUAAAAUUAAGUAUCUUGAUUUCUGUGCAAGCUGAUGCAAAGAGGAUCUUACUUGUCAUGGUGUCUUAAAGAUUGCUUCAAAAGCACUUCAUUGCUAGAUAAAAACUGUCAACGUUAGCCAGCAAGAGGCCGUGUACAGGUUUUGCUCAUUGGGGCCAACAUUUGACAAGGUGAAUAAAAUCUACUUUGAAACU